AUGUUUCUCUUCACCUACAUUCUUCUUUUGGUUCCGAUAUUACACUUGGCGUUAGGCCAAGUCAUUCCUGCCCCUCCAAUUCCCCCAGGACAGGUUCUUCAAGUCGAUGGGAUCACAGGUCAAGGCAAAGUAAUCUACACCCUCGUUCCACUGGUCACAUAUCAACAACAAUGGAUUCAACAAGGCCAACGCCAACUUUAUUCAAUUUUUCCGUUAGGGAAAAUUCAACCCUCAGGCGUCAUCACGUUGGCUGACGGUUCCAAUCUUCCACAAGGAGGAUUUUUAGUGGCUGACGGACUAGAUGCUGCUGGCAAUGUGAUUUAUCGAGUCAUCAACGUUUCCGUUUACCAAGCGCAGCAAGCUCUUUGUGCGGAUCGUCAACAGUUCGUUGCAUGUGGCUGUCAACGCCCUCGGCCUUCUUUUGGCCCUAAACUAAUGUAUAUCCCUCCUAUCAUUAAUGGUGGAGACUAUAUUUUACUUAUGGUCCAAGCAAACCGAGGAAAUAACCGGCUAAAUCCGGCUUGCCAAGCUCCUCCUCCCAUUGGCCCCCCAAUUUCACCCUGCAGCAUUUUGAUCCCGACUCCUUGUGGACCAAUUUUAGUGCCCGGACAGCCAUCGAUAUCCAUCCAGCCGGGCACAGUGAUCAUCCCAGGCCAGCCGGGGAUCAUUAUUGUUCCGAUUAACGGGCAAAUUUUGACUCCAAACUCCCCAUAUUUGCCAAUUCAGCCCGGUGGAAUUAUAAUUCCCAACCAGCCUUGUACAGUGCAGAUUCCUGGAGCACCUGGGUACCCAAUACAGCCAGGAACGAUUAUUUUGGGAGCUCAAGCCGGCCAGAAUUGGAAUAAUUUGAAUUCAGGACGUCUGGUGCUGCAGGGAGAAAGUGGUAAACCGGCAGUUUUUGUCUAUCCUGGGCAAAAUUUAAAUCCAAAUCUGGGAGAUAAUGGGAUAUUAAAUCUUCAGUCAGGCAGCCCACACCCUCAUCCGCUUAUUUAUCCGAGCUUCGUCACUAACUUUGAUCAAUCAGCUGAUCUUCUAAGUCAAUAUAUUUCUCCGCCAGCUCUUCCAAAUCAGCCGAUAUUUUCUGGCGGGAUGUCAGUUAUGCCCUCAGGUAAUUCUCUAUCAAAUUUGGCCGCAAAUUACAUUAACCCAUGGGAGAGCAAUUGCAACAUUCCAAGCUCAAUCACAGUCAUCGAUUGUGGGCCGCAAUAUUCAGUGCCAGUAGUUACAGUAACACCGUUUCCAUCCUCCACAACGAUGAUUAUUACUACUACGAGUCCUUCAACAACUAUGAGCACCAGUAGUAGCACUUUUACAACUAGCACUACAACAUUUACAACGUUAACUUUCCCACCAACAACUACCACGAUGACUACUACAACAACUUUCACAACUAGCACUACAACAUUUACAACAGUAACUUUCCCACCAACAACUACCACAAUAACUACAACAACAACUUUUACGACUACGGAUGCCCCGGUUUCACCAAUUUCGACGGUAGUUCCGAUCACAGGUCCCCAGAAUUUGAACUUGAAAGCUGCAAAGGAUGAAAAAAGUGGUCAUCAAUAUUUGGAAGAGAUUUUGAAUCGAAAAACAACUUUGGGUUUGACUGCAAGGUCGAGCAAAACAAUUACAGCGGCCGAGAGUAAAGGGGAAUUUGCAAAAACAACAAAAUUAUUGACUAAAGUGGCUGGAACGGGUGACAAAUAUGGGAAAACGACACAGACGCAAUACAAGACCAUCAAAAAUCAAACAGAGUCGACAGCAACGCCACAGAAACUGAAGUCAACAACUAAGAAGGUCGAUAAGAAGAAGAGUACGAAAGCUACUGGAAAAUCAGAACUGACAACUUUGUUGAAUUUGAAGGGCCUUUCAAGCUUAUUGAAAGCCAACAAGAGCAUCACUGCCACAUCAGCAUUGUCAAAAAAGGGUAUCACGACUACAAUAAAAUCGGUUGAGAAGACAACAACAAAAAAGGUUACCCCAAAACUAAAGGUCACAGAAUCACCAAAAUUUUUGCUGGGAGCAGACUUUACUCCGGACAUCGAUGAAAUUAAAAAGGUAAGAUCGCUAUGAGACCUUUCACUGUCAAUCCAAAGGAAAAGCGGAAUUUUGAUACUUCGUGAUACCAAAUUUGGGUCUUCUGAGAUUUUUUUAAAAUUUAUUAUUUGACAAAUACAGGAAACUUGAUUGAAGCGUAACCAAACGUAUUCUGUUAGCAAUAAGUUUGAUUAAAUUUUCAUAAUCAUCAUUUUUUCAGAUAAUUCCCGAUAUCCUCUCCAAACCUGAAGGCAUCAUCACCGAUAAAGGCGCGACUUUAAAAUCUGGAGACCCGCUGAAGCCACAACAACAUCUUCUACCGAUCUUCAAUCACUCGGAAUCCGAUCUGUUUAUGGCCUUAAGAGUUGUUAAUCAAACCGAGUAUCAAUUAUACCAGAACCUAACUCUCAAGCCUUUCAAAUACAACUUCAAUCUAAAAUUCGAUGAUGUUUUGCCGCUGAUUCUUCCAAAUCCAUCAUUUGAAGAAGCGAGAAAGGUUUAUCCAACAUUGAGUAAAAAGCCGAUUGGAAGAAUCUACCCUGAGGGACCGGUGAACGAAGAGGACAAGCCGUUGGGGAAAGGGUUACAUUUCUUGCCAGACCUUCAUGAAGAUGGAGUUGUUCUGUUCAGAAUUUUAAGACCAAGCGAGUGGAUGGGCAUGAUCAAGGAGAUGGGUACGGAAUAUUUUUGAAAAUUUUUUUUUUGAUGACCUAAUUUCUUCUUUAUUUUACUUUAAAAUAAGCAAUUUUAUGUCCUCUCAAGGUUACUGUGAUGCCUCAGAAAGCUUUGAUAAUUUUUUCUCUUUCAGGAAAGUCAACUUCAUCAGUAACGGAAGUCCAAGUUGUGACUGCAGUAGCAACUGUGUUUGCCGAGAAGACAAUCGAAAAUCCAUUCAAACAUGUACUUCAUUUCAUGCAUUAA